AUGAGAGCGGACAUAAAAGAUCUAAAGGACGAGAGCCAAACACGGAAAGAAAACGAUGUUUUCAACAAGGCAACGGCAAGAGAAACUGGAAAAGGAAAACGAAGCGUCAUUGACCUCAAAGCAAGGUCAAUGCGCGAUAACCUCAUUUUUUUAUAAUUUGCCAGAAAAGAAGGAGGAAAAUACUACGCAAUGUAUACACAACUAACGCAAGGUUCUGGAAGAAAAGUUAGGAAUAAAGAACACAAGCAGCAACAUCAAGAUAAACGCGCCGAUCACACCGUCUAGGGAAACCGAGAAGAGGGAACCACCCCAAGACUAAUAAUUCAAUUAUUUUCAAGACCGGGAGCAGAUCCUACACAACGCCAGGAAAUUGAAAGGAUCGAACUUAGGAUUAAUAGGCGAGCAAUUCCCUGAAGAAAUUGUAAAGAUCAGGAAGGAACUUUAUCCUGAGUUGAAACAAGCAAAUUAUGCGGGCAAAAAGGCGAAAUUGGUGCGUGAUAAACUUAUUAUUGAAGAAGAAUUAUUUCGUAAAUAGACACACUAUU